AACAAGUCUCAACCAGUUUCCUACCUGGGUGAGAACUUUUUCCACUGUUUGGGACUCCAGGUUGAACCCCGGAUUGGAGUGUUCCUGUUUUAUUUUGAGCCGGCAUGAGCUUUCUCGCUCCACUCCACCGGUGCACACGCAUGCACGCCCACAGACCGACACCGACACAGGCACACAAGAGAUAGCAGCUUCCAGAGGCUCUCCUUCUUCCAGCCUCCCAAUGGCUGUGGAUUCUCCCUGGGACUAUCAGUUCCGGAUCAUCAUGCUGGGCGAUUCCACGGUGGGGAAAUCGUGUCUUCUGAAGCGCUAUGCUGACGGGGUCUUUGUGGAGUCCAUGAACCAAACGGUGGGGGUGGACUUUUAUGUCCACUUUCUGGAGAUGGAGCCCAAACUGCGUUUCAAGCUGCAGUUCUGGGAUACGGCGGGCCAAGAACGGUUCAGAUCAGUGACACGUUCUUACUACCGUAAUGCAGCUGGGGGAGUCCUGAUGUUUGACCUAACCAAUCGGGCAUCAUUUGAGAACAUCAGGAGCUGGCACCAGGAAGUGGUGGACACAGUCAAACCUCAUCAUCCAGUUUUCGUGCUGGUGGGGAACAAGAGUGAUCUGGAGGCUGAACGGAAGGUGAAACAAAGGGAGGCUGAGAAGCUGGCUGUUUCCCUGGAAGCAAAGUAUAUCGAGACCUCGGCGAAAAGCAGCAGGAAUGUGGAGGCAGUUUUCCAAAUGUUAACUCUGGGCAUCUACAAGGCCUUGAAAAGUGGGGUAAUGAAAUCUGGUCCACAGUGGGAUGGAGUGAAAACCAAACUGCCAUCGCCGGUUCAGCCAGAGGUUCCUUCUCAGGAAAAGAGAAAGACGUGUUCCUGCUAGCUAGCUAAAGACAAGAACCACUGCGCCACUGGGACAAUGUUCUUGUGUUAACAAUUUUGCAAAAGAAUUUACACAUUUUGCUACAUUGUGGGUUGUGAAGCCAUGAUUUGUUGACUAAUCCACUGUGGUCUAAGUACUCACAAUCUGCAGAGUCCUUAAAUGAUGUAUAUGUGUGCAAUGGGGUUUGCAGAGCAGAAAAAGCUCAAAGCAAAUUUUGUAAGCCUACCUUGUGGGCACAAAUCGUGAAGACUCCAUCACAGAGGCGUACAAUCUCAUUUAGUCUUGCAAGUCACAAAUGUAAAGAAAGUUUUUAAAAGUGAUCAAGUGUAGCUGCCAGGCUAGGGUUGAACUCAUGAAGAACCAAGCUGGGAUACCCAUGAAGCAUGGUACCUACUAUAGUUUGGUGUGGCAGCUGUGAUCAACUUUCCAUACAUAUCUCUAACACCAAACAAGAAUUCACUGUCACAGCUCAGCUUGUCUUUCCUUGGCAGUUACCUCACACUUCUAGAUUCUUGGUGCACUUCACAUGAGAGCUGUUAUUUAAGAGAAUAAUUUUCUGUUGCAGGAGCUACAUUGUGUGUCUUUAAAAAACUGGAUCAUGUUCAUUAAAUUUGUUUCCAUAAAU